GCACCCGAAUUAUUUGGUGCUGCAGUAGCAGACGUCGGUGUUUUGGAUAUGUUGAGGUUCCAUAAAUUCACUAUUGGGCAUGCGUGGAAAAGUGAUUAUGGUGACCCUGAUAAAAAGGAAGAUUUCGAAUAUCUUUACAA